GGCAGUUGGAUUGCAGUUACCAGGUUGCUUGCAUUGGAAUACAGAAAUGGCUUGUGGAGUUCAUUUGGGGAUCUUGCUGAUUUGCUUAGUUCAAGCAGAGCAUGUGCGUUGUCUGUGGGCGACUCAAGCUCAGAGACCAAACGGCAACACAUAUGUUGGCUUCACGCCGCAGGGCAGUGGAUUUGGUGGAAGCUAUCCCCAGAAUCAACUCAGACAUGCCUCUGGUUCUCUUGGCUCAGCCCAAAACAGUAGCCUCAACACAGACCCUAUUGGCAGUGGUUCUAGCCAGAGAUUUCCCAAUAGUGGCUACACACAAACUCUUUCCCAGCCAGCUAAAAGUGGCUAUGAUUCAGUAAAGUUGGUGCAAAGCAGCGCGCAGUCAAAACCUAACUGGCGAACAACUAAGUUGAAUUGGGAACAUUUACAAAGCAUGCCAAAAAAGCGCAUAUUUGGCCUUUCUGCUUCUAUUGCUGGUGGCAGUUCACUGAGUAAGUACGAUCAAACUCCGAUUAGCAAGAAGAGAACUUUGCCGGUCCAGCAGGGUACCCCAAGUAAGAGCAACCAUCGGUCCAGCAGUUCUGAAUCUUUUCAGGGUCCAAGAGAAAGUUACUCCUUCAAACCCUACUCUCAUCAGACAGCAGCACAGAAGGCUUUAGUUAACACUGGGCUAAUGGGUUCUACUAUGAAGUAUUCACGCCCCUCUAGCGGAGGUGCUGCUGAACCACGAAGAAUCCCUGUUCGGACAAAAACCUCAGCUAGUUCCCCUGCUAGAAGAGUGUCUUCACUUCGUGGCUCUGCAGCAUCUAAACCUUCCCGUUUCUCCUCUCUCCAAAAUGAGAGAACUAGAAAUAACCCCAGCCAGACUGAGGCUUGGGAACGGUACUCAAGCAAGGUGGUUCCUGUGAAUGCUCGUAACCUUCCUGCCUCCAGGACCAGCAGUGUGGGGACCUCUGGUCAGGGCUUUGCCUCAAGCACAAUCUACCAAAUCCCUCAGCGCUUUGGGGGCUACGCUAUCAGACGGCUGAAAGAACCUGCUCAACAGAAGGAAGUGAGUGUCGGCAAGACGCCGCAGCAGGCCUACGUGGCCACCCAGCGCCUGUCUUUGCAGCAACAGGCCUUCACGGCCCCCCAGCUCUCCUCAGCAUCUUCCAAGCCAAAGAGAAGGUUCAGAGCAGUUGGAUUGCAGUUACCAGGUUGCGUGUGUUUGAAUACAGAAAUGGCUUGUGGAGUUCAUUUGGGGAUCUUGCUGAUUUGCUUAGUUCAAGCAGAGCAUGUGCGUUGUCUGUGGGCGACUCAAGCUCAGAGACCAAACAGCAACACAUAUGUUGGCUUUACAGAGCAGGGCAGUGGAUUUGAUGAAAGCGAUCCCCAGGAUCAAUUCAGACAGGCCUCUGGUUCUCCUGGCUCAGCCCAGAGCAGUAGCCUCAACACAGACCCUAUUGGCAGUGGUUCUAGCCAGAGAUUUCCCAAUAGUGGCUACACACAAACUCUUUCCCAGCCAGCUAACAGUGGCUAUGAUUCAGUAAAGUUGGUGCAAAGCAGCGCGCAGUCAAAACCUAACUGGCGAACAACUAAGUUGAAUCAGGAACAUUUACAAAAGAUGCCAAAAAUGCGCAUAUUUGGCCUUUCUGCUUCUAUUGCUGGUGGCAGGUCACUGAGUAAGUACGAUCAAACUCCGAUUAGCAAGAAGAGAACUUAUCCAGUCCAGCAGGGUACCCCAAGUAAGAGCAACCAUCGGUCCAGCAGUUCUGAAUCUUUUCAGGGUCCAAGAGAAAGUUACUCCUACAAACCCUACUCUCAUCAGACAGCAGCACAGAAGGCUUUAGUUAAUUCUGGGGCCUACGCGCCCCCCUGGCGCCCGUCUUUGCAGCAGGCCUACGUGGCCCCUCGGCGCCCCUCUUUGCUGCAGCAGGUCAACGUGGCACCCCGGCACCCCUCUUUGCAGCAGGCCUACGCGGCACCCCGGCACCCCUCUUUGCAGCAGGCCUACGCGGCACCCCGGCAUCAGUCUUUACAGCUGCAGCAGGCCUACAUUGCCCCACAACGUCCGUCUUUGCAGCAGCAGGCCUAUGUGACCUCCAAGCUCCCUCUGCAGCUUAAAAGCCAAAGGUCCAGAUUGUUCAUUCAGAAGCCAAAUGGAAGAUGGUCAGGCCACACCUCGGACAAUAAAAUCUAG